GGGCCAAAAUUUAUUUAGACUGACCCAUGAUUAAACUACAUUCUCUUACUGGGUUAGUAUCAAAAUUGGAAAGAGAAAUCCACUAUCCGAAAAUCUUGCUGGGAAUUUCAUUUUGAUUGGGAAAAUAUUUUCUUAUCAAUGGAAAUGAUUCUUUGGCGCCAGAAUGAAGAAAAACAAAAGAUUAAACCAUUUACAAACUACUACAACAACACAAAAUUGCAAGAAGAAAAACGAAAUCAGUGGUUGAGCAAAAUAUUUUUCUGGGUAAAGAGAGACAGCAACAGAACAGGUUCUACUUCAGUCUUACACCUCUUCCGAUUUCUGUAGUGUUAAAUUAAACCUCUUGUGAUUUUUGUAGUGUCAAAAUGCCUAUGUUAAAAAAUGUCUACGAUGUGUUUGAUAAGAUGUCUCAACUGAAAUUUUUGAGAAUAAAGUAGGAAAUUAAUAUUUAACAAUGUGAGAAAUUGUAUUCCUUACAACACACAUAGCAAGUUGAAUAAUUAAGAUUAAAAAUUGUUUCACAAAAUGCUGAUCGAGAAGAACAUAUUUCUUCCUAGUGGCUAUGCCUACUUUCAAACACAAAAGGCAACAUGAUAGCAGUUUGCUCUACAUUUAUCACUUGAAAAUUAGACUCUAUUCAACCUUUUAUAGACGCCAAUCUUAGUUUAUAAGUGAAAAAGUUCAAAAAAGCUAAAUUUUAUGAAUAAGAUUGCAGAUGACCCCAUGUCUUGUAAUUCAUUAUUUGAGACUUUUUUUAAAAGUUUUUCCAAAAUUUAAGAAUAUAGAUUAUUUGUCAUAUUCAUAUCUUUUAUAAUGUAGAUUUAUGGAGAUAUCUAGUGACUCUGAAAGUGGAUGUAACGUGCCAAUAAAACUUGGCAUGGAAUUUGAUUCAGAUGAGCAUGCAUAUGAUUAUUACAAUGAAUACGCGGCUGCAAUUGGUUUUAGUGUUAGGAAAGAAUAUGCAAACAAAAACAGAGUACACGGGUAUGUGACUUCAAGAAAAUUAACAUGUUUAAAGAAGGUUACAGAGGUAAAGACAAACGAGAUCCUACUGUUCAAAAACAUAGAAAGGAAACUAGAACCGGUUGCUUGGCUCAUGUUAUUGUAAGUCGUCAAUCAAAUGGGAGGUUUCGCAUCACUUCAUUCGAAGAGAAACAUAACUAUCCUCUUGUUCCUCCAUCUUUAGUUCAUCUGUUGCCAUCACAAAGAAAGAUAAAAAUGGCUCAAGCAUAUGAAAUUGACUUAUUAGACGAUUCAGGGAUACGUCCUAAAGCGUCAUUUGAUUAUGCUGCUCGUCAAGCUGGAGGACAACCUUUUCUAGGCUACACUAAGAGAGAUCAUAAGAAUUAUCUUCGUGACAAAAGAACAGAUAGUUUGAAACAUGGAGUGGCUCGUAGCUUGGUGAAUUAUUUUGAGAAAUGAACUCUAGAAGAUCCUGCUUUUCGAUUUUCUUUACAAUUAGAUGAUGAAGGUUUGAUAACUAAUAUAUUCUGGGCUGAUGGAAAGAUGAUAAAGGAUUUUAAGAUUUAUGGAGAUAUUGUGUCCUUUGAACAUAUAGAACAAAUAAAGAAUACCGACCCUUGGCAUUAUUUGUUGGUUUGAACAAUCAUAGGGAAAUGGUCAUAUUUGGUGCAGCCCUUUUAUAUGAAGAAUCUGCUGAAUCUUUUGAGUGGCUUUUUAAUGCAUUCUUUAGGAUUAUGUCUGCAGAGAAACCAAAGACAUUUAUCACAGAUCAAGAUCCCGCAAUAUCUUUUGCUGUCUCAUUAGUAAUGCCACAGACAUAUCAUCGCCUGUGUGUAUCGCACUUGGAAAAGAAUGCAUUCAAGCAUUUAAAUCAUGUCUUUAGAGCUCAUGCAUCAUUUCCAGGAGAUUUUAGCAAAUUGCUUUACCAUUAUGAGUAUGAGGAGGAUUUUUUAUGUGCGUGGCAGGAAAUGCUAGAGAAAUAUGACCUUGGGGAUAAUAGUUGGUUGAAAAACACAUUUGCUAUAAAGGAGAAAUGGUCCAUGACAUAUGGAAGAAAUACAUUCUCAGCAGGUAUGCGCAGCACACAAUUGAGUGAGAGUUUUAAUGGAUCUUUAAGAGGAUAUUUGAAAUCUGAUCUAGAUAUUGUACAAUUUUUUAAGCAUUUUCAAAGAUCAGUUGAUGAUAAGCGUGCUAAUGAGAAUAAAUCAAAUUUUGAUAUGACUCAAUGAAUAUCUAUUUUAAAGGUUAAAUUUCCUUUAUUGGUUCAUGCUAGGGAAGUAUAUACCCCAACUAUAUGUGAUAUGUUUCAAAAUGAGUGGGAAAGGUCCUUACUUAUUUAUAUAAAAAGCUCCAGUGAUGAAGGAGAAUUAUGUACAUAUAAUGUUAGCACUCAUGGAAGUGUUAAGGAGCACGUGGUAACUGUUAAGAGAACAUUAACUGAAGUUUCUUGCAGCUGCAAACUGUUUGAGUUUAUGGGUAUACUAUGUAGACAUGCCUUAAAGAUCUUGGACAUACUGAAUAUAAAGGAUAUGAUUCCUGAACACUAUAUACUAAAGAGGUGGACAAAAGAUGCUACAAACUUGAAUAAGAUGGAUGUCAGUUUGAUAGCAAAGGAAACUGAUCCGGAAGUUGAAGUUACUUCGAGGUAUAGACAUCUCUGCCAAACUUUUGUUCAGAUUUCCAGUGAAGCUUCAGAAUCUAUCGAAGGAUAUGAAUUGGUUGCAAAUUAUGCGAAUGAGAUAAUUUCAAAGUUAAAGGAUGUAAAAAAGAGAAAGGAAUCUCAAAAGUCAGUUCCAGGCAAUGUUAUUCAAAAUGAGCCGAAUGAGACAGUAUUUGUUGAUAAUACAAAUGUCACGAAGGUGACCGGGUUAAAAAGAAAGCAACCAACUCGUCGUUCUAAUACUAGACCAAAAAGUUUUAUUGAAAAAGCCAAGAGGAAAAAUCAGACAUCAUUUUCAAAAUCUCCUCAACGCUCUGAUCAGCAAGUAGACUAUGUUCAGGAGAUUCAUUUUCCACGUCCAGAUGCAUCAAUGACUAUGGAAUUGGCAGAAGGAAGUUUUCCUCCAUGGUGCUCUUCACAGUUGUCUCAAGGAUCAGCCCAUGGAAGUUUGACUCAACUCUUAAGAGAUGUUUCAUUUCAUGAUUUAAACAAGUAUUCUUAAUGUUGAGUGUGGCAGCUUCAGAGAAUCAAAUAUCAUAUGGUUGUGCAAUAAAAAAAACCGAACAAAGCGCAAGAAGUGUUGUCUUAAGGCAGUUUGGUAGCACAUGAUAUUACGGCUUAAAGGAGCUUAGAAAAGCUGGCAUUCUCCUCUGUGAAUUGAGCUUUUUGCAUCAACGCUAUAAGCAUGUAAUACACAUAUGUUGGAAUUUGUAUGUCUAGUACUAUGGAGCUUAGAGUCGCUCCAUAGUCAUUUUUAUUGUCAUGAAUAUUCUUUUAUUGAUA